GGAAGCGCAAGGGCACAAGAGAAGCUAGGCUUCUGACUAAGAUACUGCAUAUGGUAACCAUUUCCGACAAGGACGAGAUUAAAUUGAGUAAAAAUAGUUUUUUAUGAAGUGACAAAUAAUAAUAAUCCCAAGUGAGGUUUGCAAAUAAGUGAGUGUUUGAUAAUCAUCUUUUUGUUAAUGCCUAGAUUAUAAAUAGAAAAAGAAUGACUAAUUAGUUGCAUGGAGUGAUAGUAAGGAUGAUUUGUUUAUCAACUUUUCCAACGUCACCAACAAAACACAAAUAAAGCAUUUUAGUUUUAUAUUUUUUCUAAAAAAUAGAUUUAUAAAUGAAUAGUUUAGAUAUAUUGAAAUAAAAUUUAGAUAGUAAAAUAGGGAUCAUAAAUAGUAAUAAAAUAUUAUAAUCGUUCCCUUAGAUAUGUGUUUUUGGGCCGGUUUGCUGAAUCGACGGGUCGACCCGACCCAUUUGUGGAUCCCUAAAUCGGCCAUUCAAAACCCCAUCCAAAAACCCUCAUGUCGUCCUUCCAUAAGUUAAUCCGCGUCGGAAGAGCUCUCUCCUUCGAUCGCUCAUGGCGGUCGUGGGGGAGGUUGGCGGAUCCAAGAAGAGGAAGCGUGAGCCCUCAGCGGCGAAGGGAGGGGGGAAGCCCAAGUUGAUGCAGCUUAAGAACGCUGUCUCGAAGCCGGCGAAGCUCAAAACGCAAGGCUUCAAGAAGCCGUCCAAGGCGUUCGAGUUAAAAUCGGGAAAGCCCACCAAGGCCGGCGAUGAGGCCACUGUACAGGCGAAGAAGGAGCCUAAGACCUCAAGGGAGAGGCGCUUGGCUGCCAAGGAAAUGGCAGAAACAAGGAAGAAGAAGAGGAAACCAAAUUACAACCUUGAGAAAGAGCUUGCUUCAUUGUGGGAAAAAAUGAGAUGUUACAACGUUGGCAAACAAGCGAGAUCCGAGCUUGUAAGUGAAGCCUUAUGUAAGAUGAAUGGGAAGUUUGUGGAGAUUGCAGGCUCUCAUGUUGCGGCACGUGUUCUUCAAACGUGUGUCAAAUAUUGUACACAAGAAGAAAGAGAUGCUGUUUUUGAGGCUCUUCGGCCUCAUCUUCUUCCUCUUUCACAGAAAAAGUAUGCAGUUCAUUUAGUAAAGAAACUUUUAGAUCAUGCUAGCAAAAAACAACUAGAAUGGUUCAUAUCCUCUCUACAUGGGCAUGUGACUUCUCUUCUGCGACAUUCAGUUGGAUCUGCAGUCAUUGACUAUGUAUUCCAUUUGGCCAAUGGGUCCCAAAAGCAAAUCCUUUUGAUGGAGAUGUACUCUACAGAGCUUCAAUUAUUUAAGGACCUGACCUUAACAAAUUCAGGCAGGCUGGUGGAUAUAAUUUCUAAACUUGGACUACAAAAAUCAUCUGUGUUGCAACACAUUAUGUCUGUGAUUCAGCCACUUUUGGAAAAAGGGAUUGUUGAUCAUUCCAUUAUACACAAGGCCCUCAUGGAGUUUUUCACAAUUGCUGAUAAGUCCUCUGCUGCAGAUGUGAUUCAACAAUUAUUACCUCUUCUUGUGCGAGAGUCAGCUUCUGCAGAGGAGAGUCCUCAUUUCUCAGCUCCAGAGAUGCAGAAAAAGAGGAAAAUUAAAAACAAAAAUGUGAAAGAACCACUUCUUGCUCGGAUGAUUCGCACAAGAGAUGGUCUAAAGAUCUGUAUCCUCUGUGUCAAGCAUGCAAGCGCAAAGGAAAGAAAAAAGGUUAUUAAAGGCAUAAAGGGUCAUGUCAGAAAGCUUUCACUUGAUCAACUUGGGAGUCUUUUGCUAGUUUGUGUCCUUUCGGUAGUUGAUGAUACGAAGCUUGUAACAAAGAUUGUAAUACGAGAACUGCAAACAAUGCUGAAGGAUCUGGUAUUGGAUAAGAAUGGAAGACGUACAGUACUGCAGCUACUUCAUCCACAAUGUUCACGCUAUUUUGCAUCUGAGGAUUUGGCUUGUCUAAGUUUAUCUGUUCCUUCCCUUUCUGCACAGGUGGAAGAGACAGAGGACCCCAUGGAAGUUGGCUUGGAGCAAUGCCAAAAUGGGGAGUCUCCCAUGACAGAUAAUGAGAACAGUGAAGUUGGUAGGAAGAGUUUGCAGUUAGAUACCGGAGGCAAGAAGGAUUCAUUUCGCAGGAGAUGUGAAUUGAUGGUUGAGAGUGGGCUUGCUGAGACACAGUUUCAGACAGCAAAAUAUGAAGUUGGAGGUGGGGAUACAGGAGAGUUCUGUCAAGCUUUGGGUCACAUUCAAUAUUCUGGUUGGAUUUGGUUUGAUUCACCUAUUCUUUUUUUUUUGACUUUUCCUCUGAUGCAGCUAGCUGUUGGGGGAAGUGACGGUAUCUUGCAAUCUUUUGCUGAUAGAAUGGAUGCCUUGCAUAAAGCAAUAGCUUCCCUGGCAGCCCUGCCCAAGACAAAUGAGUCACAAGAGGAGCAUGUUUUGGAGAACUUCCACUCCAGUAGGCUCAUCAGGAAGCUCGUCCUUGAUUGCCCUGGUUUCGCAGCCACUCUGUGGGAAAUGGCUUUGGAUGGGAAGUGCGACGUCUGGGCUCAAGGCCACAGUUGCAAGGUGCUUCUCGCAUUCCUGGAAUCAUCGGUUUCAGAGGUCAAAGACUUGGCGAAGCCUGAGCUUCAGCCUUUGAUGGAUCGUGGUGUUCUUAAAGCUCCUGAGAAUAGGUUGGUUGAAAAAGGAGUUUGAAAGCUUCCUGCAGGUGGAAUGGUGUGAAUGCAGUUAACCAAAAAAGGUUCAUCUAUUAACCUUUCAUCAACAUGUAUACCAGCUUAAGCAGCACACAAUCUUGGCAAACUUGGAGGUCAUGAACCAUUUCUGUAUCUGGAUUUUACUAGGAUUUAUGCCAGAUUAGAAAAAAAU